UUUAUCGAACCAUACGACUUGGGGCAAUAUGGGUAUCAAAAUUCAUGGUUUUUGAUACUGGUAAUGAAAAUGGCCAUUUUGACAGGAUUGGCCACACCCGUAGUGGCCAUGGCCCUGAGGGAAGGUUCUACCGGGGGGACAUUUAUCGAACCAUACGACUUGGGGCAAUAUGGGUAUCAAAAUUCAUGGUUUUUGAUACUGGUGAUGAAAAUGGCCAUUUUGACAGGAUUGGCCACACCCGGAGUGGCCAUGGCCCUGAGGGAAGGUUUUACCGGGGGGACAUUUAUCGAACCAUACGACUUGGGGCAAUAUGGGUAUCAAAAUUCAUGGUUUUUGAUACUGGUAAUGAAAAUGGCCAUUUUGACAGGAUUGGCCACACCCGUAGUGGCCAUGGCCCUGAGGGAAGGUUCUACCGGGGGGACAUUUAUCGAACCAUACGACUUGGGGCAAUAUGGGUAUCAAAAUUCAUGGUUUUUGAUACUGGUAAUGAAAAUGGCCUUUUUGACAGGAUUGGCCACACCCGGAGUGGCCAUGGCCCUGAGGGAAGGUUCUACCGGGGGGACAUUUAUCGAACCAUACGACUUGGGGCAAUAUGGGUAUCAAAAUUCAUGGUUUUUGAUACUGGUAAUGAAAAUGGCAAUUUUGACAGGAUUGGCCACACCCGGAGUGGCCAGUGCCAUGGGGAAUGUUUCUCCGGGAGGACAUUUACGGAACCAUAUAAAUUAAAAACUCCUUUAUUUGACCUCCUUGCCAAAUGGUGUCUUCGGAAGAGUUGUUGUACUUGAUAAGGGCUAUCAUUUGAAGUUAUUGACAUACAGGGUGACGACCUUCCAGGGUGUCAACCAAAAACUAACUCUGUUGGAUGACGUUGUAGGGCUUUGGUGUCUUGGGCAAAGUUGUAGAGGAGAAAAUUUCAUGAAAGUUUGUCAAAGGCGCCAAAUUUGUAGCUCUUUAUCUACUCGAGAUAUACGUCAUUUUUGCAAAAAUGGUAAAAAAAGCACUUUUUUGGUGAUUACUUAAAAUGUUAGCAUUUUAGCGGCCUACUAUGUUCUGAAGAGUUGUUUAUGACAUGAAAUUACACAUCUUUGCCGAAGACAGCAAAAUGUUGUGAGCAUUUAUUGAGGAGUUAUAACCAUUUGUAAGUGAUUUUGAGCAUAUUUUCAAGUUGCAAUGUUUUCAAAAUGGCGCAUUUUGGCGCAAAACCGAACAAUGCACAUGAAAGUACACACUUUCAACUACAUUUUCUGAAAAUAUUUUCGUGUCUAUCGGUGUCGAUUUAGAGAUACAGUGGACUCUCUGGUUGUCGAUCUUCUCGAUAUCAAUAUUAAUCCAGCUGUUAAUAAAUUUUUCAGUCCCUUCAAAUAGAUUGCUUUGAUUUUUUGUUCUAUAAUUUCAUAACUCCUACUCUCGACGGUUCCUUCAAUAUCGACAACGAGAGAGUCCACUGUAUCUCAAUUUGAAUUUGACGGUUUUUAAUCAAUUUAUUUAUAAUUUUUAAGCGGAAUCUUAUUGAAACGUGGCUCGGUAAAUUGAUCGAUUUUAAUAUUGCUUAUUGCGAGAUAAAAUCACGUUUCUCCUUCGCUGUGAGUGACAGGAGAUUAUUGCCGCCUUAUUACCGCAGUGUAAAAAUCAGCAAGUUAAACUGAAAUUCUGCGUUGAUUUGGCUGUCAACUUGUUUUUUUUUUUUUUGAAUAUUUUCCAAAAAGUCAGCUCAAAACUCAAGGCAACCUUUGACAACAGCCAAAAAUUUGUUCUGCGGUUGUCUUGCGGCUGUCAUGCGACCAUUAUCUUGCGGUCGUAUCACCGCGCGUGAACUCUAAUUAUUGACGCCCACAGUAAAACAUUGUUCAUGCUUAAAAUUAUGAUACACAUUUUAAAAUUAUGAAUAAAUACAUGUUUUUCACAAAAAUAAUGUAAGUAAAAAUGUUAAAUAAUUGUUAAAUAAAUGUGUAAUUAAAAUUAAGUAUAUCUUUUUAUAUUUGGUCACUCUGGAAAGGUUGUCGUAUUUUUUUCAUAGACAAUGUAAUUUCCAUAAAAAUCGAUCAAUUUACCCUUCAAUUUACCGAUUUUCACCUUGUAUUCAUUAUGAUUUCGAAUAACAUUUAUAAAUAAAUUGAUUAAAAAUCGGCAAAUUCAAAUUGAAAUAUCUAAAAAUAUAAACACGGAGAUAUUUUCAGGAAAUGUAGUUGAAAGUGUGUACUUUCAGGUGCAUUGUUCGGUUUUGUGCCAAAAUGCGCCAUUUUGAAAACAUUGCAACUUGAAAAUAUGCUCAAAAUCACUUACAAAUGGUUAUAACUCCUCAAUAAAUGCUCACAACAUUUUGCUGUCUUCGGCAAAGAUGUUUAAUUUUAUGUUAUAAACAACUCUUCAGAACAUAGUAGGCCACAAAAACGCUAACAUUUUGAGUUAUCUAAAAAAAGUGCUUUUUGGACCAUUUUUGCAAAAAUGGCGUAUAUCUCGAGUAGAUUAAGAGCUACAAAUUUGGCGCCUUCGACAAACCUUCAUGAAUUUUUCUCCUCUACAACUUUGCCCAAAAUACCAAAGCCCUACAACGUCAUCCAACAAAGUUCAUUUUGGUUGACACCCUGGAAGGUCAUCACCCUGUAUGUCAAUAACUUCAAAAGAUAGCCCUUAUCAAGUACAACAACUCUUCCGAAAACACCAUUUGGCUAGGACGUCAAAUAAAAGAGUUAUCAAUUUAUUCCACUUAAUUUUGCCAUUCCGAACACUGUGCAAUGGCCAGUCCGGGUGUGGCCAAUCCUGUCAAAAUUGCCAUUUUCAUUACCAGUAUCAAAAACCAUGAAUUUUGAUAACCAUAUUACCCCAAGUCGUAUGGUUCGAUAAAUGUCCCCUCGGUAGAACCUUCCCUCAGGGCCAUGGCCACUCCGGGUGUGGCCAAUAUCCUACCAGUUUGGUCCCAACUCCAUUGCCUGAAAUCAUUCUGGUUUUCGAGUGACCGUUCUAACAAUGUUCUUAAGAACAGAAUUCCUCCCAAGUAUGUGCACAACCUGUGUCUUUCAAUGUGUGCAUGUGUGUGUGAGCAAUAAAAUUACCACCGUCGAUCCGUCUCUGACGGAUUUUCGGUCAAAACUAAAUUGUUCAGAGGCUAUCUGUUAGCUUAUAUAGUCCGCAUGAAAUGUGGCAACAAUGGUACAACAUUCUCGCGUGACAGUUCCAAGAAUGCAGGAGACGAGGCAAAAUUUGCACCAUGUUGCCACAUUUCAUGCGGACUAUAUAAGCUAACAGAUAGCCUCUGAACAAUUUAGUUUUGACCGAAAAUCCGUCAGAGACGGAUCGACGGUGGUAAUUUUAUUGCUCACACACACAUACACACAUUGAAAGACACAGGUUGUGCACCAACUUGGGAGGAAUUCUGUUCUAACGAAGAUUGUUAGAACGGAUACUCGAAAACCAGAAUGAUUUCAGGCAAUGGGGUUGGGACCAAACUGGUAGGAUACUGGCCACACCCGGAGUGGCCAUGGCCCUGAGGGAAGGUUCUACCGGGGGGACAUUUAUCGAACCAUACGACUUGGGGCAAUAUGGGUAUCAAAAUUCAUGGUUUUUGAUACUGGUAAUGAAAAUGGCCAUUUUGACAGGAUUGGCCACACCCGGAGUGGCCAUGGCCCUGAGGGAAGGUUCUACCGGGGGGACAUUUAUCGAACCAUACGACUUGGGGCAAUAUGGGCAUCAAAAUUCAUGGUUUUUGAUACUGGUAAUGAAAAUGGCCAUUUUGACAGGAUUGGCCACACCCGGAGUGGCCAUGGCCCUGAGGGAAGGUUCUACCGGGGGGACAUUUAUCGAACCAUACGACUUGGGGCAAUAUGGGUAUCAAAAUUCAUGGUUUUUGAUACUGUUAAUGAAAAUGGCCAUUUUGACAGGAUUGGCCACACCCGGAGUGGCCAUGGCCCUGAGGGAAGGUUCUACCGGGGGGACAUUUAUCGAACCAUACGACUUGGGGCAAUAUGGGUAUCAAAAUUCAUGGUUUUUGAUACUGGUGAUGAAAAUGGCCAUUUUGACAGGAUUGGCCACACCCGGAGUGGCCAUGGCCCUGAGGGAAGGUUCUACCGGGGGGACAUUUAUCGAACCAUACGACUUGGGGCAAUAUGGGUAUCAAAAUUCAUGGUUUUUGAUACUGGUAAUGAAAAUGGCCAUUUUGACAGGAUUGGCCACACCCGGAGUGGCCAUGGCCCUGAGGGAAGGUUCUACCGGGGGGACAUUUAUCGAACCAUACGAUUUUGGCAACAUGGUUUUUGGGACUGGACAUGAAAAUUGCCAUUUCGAUAGUGGUUGUAAAGUCCAUGAUUUCCGGAUGCAGCUCUAUCGCUGCCGUUUUUUUCUGGGAAGGGGGGGGGAUGUUUUGGCAAUUUAUAUCCAUAGAGGUGCCAUUGAUUGAAUACAUUUUAUUAGAAUUAAUUAUUCAGGAUUAAAUAAAUAGGCAAAGAAUUAAAAAAUAUAAAUAAAAAUAGCAUGAUUUUUAGAGUUUUGUACAAAGUUCUUUGUCAUAUUGGUCAUGUAGAACAUAACCACCUGCACCUUUUUUGUUUG